GAACUUAUGCGGGGCACGACGCACGAUACUGCUUCAUUAUCCUUGUAGCCUGUAGGAUUAUUUAUAAGAAGGUUGCCUGCGUCCUGCCCUUACUAGAGUCAGUUUCCAUUUACGCGCUGGCGGAUAGUACAAUUGUUUACGUGAGUCCGGAUUUCAAAAAGCAGCGUUGACUCCCUCAAAAUUAAGAGUUUUUCCAACUUUUGUGAGUAUUUUUUCAACAAUUUUGAAUGAAAUUUUACCUAGCGUAGUAGGUACUUGAGAAACAAAUUACAAUGGAACUAUCGUUUGAAGUUUGUAAUGCUUUGAAAGCUCUAUCGUCGAGCCCUAAGGCCGAAUUUGAAGCGGUGGUGGUACAAGCAACUGAAGACCUGAUUGAAAUCUCUCAAGAAGAAAAAAUUGUUACAUGUCAAAGCAAAGUGUGCUGCAGUAGCAGUUCAAGCUAUAGCUCUCUGCUGACUCUAUUCACUGAGCUUUCUAAGCAUCAAUUGUCAAGCCAGCACCUCACAGAGCAGCUACAAGACUUGGAUUGGCCACAAGAUCGCAUAGCAAGUGUCUGCACGGCAUAUGAGAGUGUGACAUCAUCUGUUCGUUGCUGCCUCUCUUCAGUGGCGUCACUGCUACCGCAUAUAGUGGACGUUGACUGGAAACUGGUGCAUACUGUAUCUAGUACUUCUAAUGCAGCUGAAAAAGAGAGCGUCUACCUUCUACGUUUCACCGUGCGACCUAGCAACAUGGCCAGCAAUGGUACUGGCUGCAGCACUAAUGAGGCUGGUAGUGCUGCUAGUGGUAGCAAACCUAACCUUGAGUAUAUUACAUUGCGAUGUUCCUUGCCGGAACUCGUUGCUGUCACAGACUCUCUUAGAAGAGCUGUUGCCACUCUUAACAAACUUGCAGGCGCAAACUGACCAUUUCUUUUUGCAUAUUUUAUUCCUAUUAAUAAACAGGGACCGAGAAAACUGGUAGCUAUCAUUCCUAUUAAGCUACUCUCUUCUACCUGUCAGGUCAAAACCUUUUUGUAUUUCAUAGCAUUUAUAUAAAGUUAUAGCCAGGGUGUAUUUAUUUAUUAAUUGUCAUUGUUAUGUUUGAAUUGUUAGUUGUUGCCGCUGAAUUGCUGUUAACCAACAAAUUCCUACUUGGAGCUCCUCUAUCGUUUCUAUCUGGCUAAGAAGCUUCAUCUUAUCGUAUCAAUUUAAAUUAAUUAUGACUAAACUGGAACACUUACUGUAGUGCAACUGAAUUAAUUUAUAAAAUAAUGAAGUUGUAUAUACUUGCUUAAUUCUUGCUGUCAGUUGUUCAUGUUUUUCUAUCACAUUGAAUCAGUCGAUCCGGGAUGAAGUUUCGAUUUUUGAUGUCAAUUUUUUUCAGCUUUACUUGCCCGGUUGCUCACUAUUGAUCAUAAUGAUUGGUUUGCUUUCUGUUUCCGCUGCUCGUUACUGAACAGUUUCUUCUCCAUUGCUUUUAAUUGCCGCAUAAGACUUUUCCUGCGUUUCCUUGACAUUCCUCGCUGAGUAUUUGUUGUUUUCUAGACUCUAAUUUGUUUCAUUUUAGUUUCUUUUAUUAGCUAACCUGUUGAAUAAUUAUUCCUAAAUAUCAUUAAUUUUAUGAAAUUGAUGCCACCUAUUGAUAUGUAUUUAAGUCACCUCAUAUUUUUUGGAAUAUCUACAAAAUUUAAAGUUUCUAAAUCGUAUUUGGUAUUGCAAUUUAAUUUGAUCCAUGAAUAUGUGGGGCCAAAGAUAUCUUUUUAGUAUUGAUCAUGUGUAUAAGGGUGACGUGUAUAUAUAAGGCGUGUGGAAGUAGCAUGAAGAUAUACACUUUAUACGAUAUAUGACAUUUGAACUUCCAUAAUAAUAUUUGUGACGUUCUAUUAUCGUAAACUAUAUACUGAAGGGACUUCUCGGUCCCAAACCCCGGAACGGAAACAUACAAAUUUUUUAAUGAAUUUAACAGUGUGUGAGAAAUUAGACAAUCCUGUUAAAAGUUAAUAUAAAAUACUAGUAGCAGAAUAAAUAGCAGUUGCCACUCGCACUUGCUCUUACCAUUUAUUGUUUUAUAAGUCUGGUUGAGGUGUAAAUAAGCGCCACACGUGUCAGUUUGUAAAAUUGUAAUAGUUGAAAAUGUUUCAUUUAUCUUACCAUAAAAAACACCACAUCUUCUUCCCCACACAAUCAUUAAAACGACAUAAAAUAUAUUAUGGCACAUUUCAAGUUAAUAAUAGUUUACCACGGUGCUUAUAUGUUAAAUAUU